ACGUACUUUAAAGAUGGCGGCGUGUGUUAGUGCGGAGUCUGAUGUGUUUAUUAGCUGCAAGUUUGUAAUUUGAAGUAUUGCGUUUAGGCGCUUCAGGAUUUCUGUAGAUCGCAUAGACGUUCAUGUGUCAAAAGACAGGUAGUUUGACGUGUGAUCGGUCACGACGUUUGGAGAUAUUGAUUUGUCAUGCUAAAACUGACAGCUGUAAGUUAAUCACCUAGCUGUUCUCGUAAACUCAUGCUGUAUACUUAGAAAGGACAUCGGGCACGAAACCUCUAGCAAAUGUGACCUUCUGUGCUGCCAACACUAGGUAGGCAGCAGGCGAGAACCUGCAUUGCCACCGCGAGUUAGAUCACAUCCAAAGGAGCUCUUGACAUUUGUUCAGGAAAUAAGAUUAGUUGCCACUGUCAGCAGGUGACCUGUCUGUACAUGAAAACUGGCUUACAUUAUCUUAAACUGUUUUUUGUUUACAUCAAACUGGUGAUUGUCCCAAUAACUGUUAAAUAAAGACAUUUGGUGCAUUAGUUCGUAGUCUGCAUUAAAGUUUUCACGUGUCUGUUUUGCAAGCCUAUCAAUUGCUUGCGGAGAUUAGUUUUGGUGAUGGUUAGUAGUCAGACUGGUGAAGUCAGUCUUGCAACAGAAAACGGCGAAACUCAUUUUUAAAGAGUCUUCACUUUACUGAUUUCCCCCAAUACAGUUUUGUUGUAGUAUAAUGCUAUCCCGAGCUUUAAGGAAAUCCAUUUCCUAUGGAAAUCCUUUAACGUUAGUGGAGGUUUUCAGUGGGAGUUAUUGUAGUCGUGUGGGUUUUCAUCAGACCGCUUUGUGUAAAGUUGCUUCGCAAGCUGAAUGCGGCUUUAAACCAACAAAAGUCGCGGUUGUGACGAAGACCACGCGCUUUGAGUUUGAACAACAGAGAUAUCGAUAUGCGGGGCUGUCGGAGGAGGAUCUCGAGCAGUUGCUUGCCUUGAAAGGAUCCAGUUACAGUGGGCUUCUGGAGAGACAUAAUAUACACACCUUCAAUGUUGGACAUAUUGUGGAUAGUUUACAGAGAGAAGGCAUCGAUGUGCGCAUUGUUAAAAGAGGAGAGUAUAAUGAGGACACAGUCAGCUGGGCAGAUGCCAUCAUCUCUGCCGGAGGUGACGGUACAAUGCUACUAGUUGCCAGCAAAGUGUAUGAUAAGAGCAAGCCCGUUUUGGGGGUCAAUACAGACCCAGAAAGGUCAGAGGGUCACUUGUGUUUACCUGUGCACUACACAAAUGCCUUUUCUGAGGCCUUACAGAAACUCAGGAAGGGGCAGUUCAGGUGGCAGUGGCGUCAGCGGAUCCGGGUGUACUUGGAAGGAACCGGGAUUAACCCCACUCCAGUGGACCUACACGAUCUACAGUUGAGCCUCGAGCAGCACAGCAAGGCGCACCGCAUCACCACAGAAAACCAGCGCGGUCUCAAACACGACAGUCCCGAGGGUCCUCACCUGCUCCCCGUCCGAGGCCUGAAUGAGAUUUUCAUUGGGGAGUCACUUUCAUCCAGGGUGAAGUAUAAAUCCUUCAAACCCCAUCUUACCCUCUCGCUUCAUAGGGCUUCAUACUAUGAAAUCUCUAUUGAUGACGGGCCGUGGGAGAAGCAGAAGAGCUCAGGACUUAGCAUUUGCACUGGAACCGGAUCUAAAGCAUGGUCCUACAAUAUUAAUAAACUUGUGGAGCAGGCCGUGGAAGAUGUUCUUAGAAUAGGUAUAUCAAAAACGGGUGUGAAUCUUCCAAUAAAUCGAGAGUUUAUUGAGAGUGUCACUGCAGCAUACAAUGAGUCUCUGAUCUUCAGCCCAGAAGAAGACAAACUUUUCUUCAGUAUUAGAGAGCCCAUAGUCAACAGAGUGUUUUCCAGUAGCCAGCAAAGAGGAUUUGCAAACAAGGUUUCUGUCCGCUCGAGGUGUUGGGAUGCCUGCAUGGUGGUUGAUGGCGGAACGUCAUUUGAAUUUAAUGAUGGUGCCGUUGCUACAAUCUGCUUAAAUGAGGAGGACCUUUUGCGAACUGUCAUUCUGGAUUAAAUCCCCCUGGUGCAUCUUGCUAUCGCUCGAUGAGCUUGUGUAUUUAUUGAGAACGGAGCACAAUUUUGAGAUGGACAGAAAUAUAGAACUGACAAUGGGUUUGUUUUUGACUCCGACAGUUUUUUAAUGGAUAAUGGCGUGGUUUGCAGGUGAGAUGUAUUUUUCUUGUUCCAGACAUUCUGGUAUGGAUCUACAGUGUCCGUCAAGAUUUUCCACUUACUUGAAUUUCCUUCUUGGUGGCAAAUUUUUAAAUAUUUUUUCUAGAUCUACAAACACUAGAUUGAGUGCCAUGUGAAACAGUCUAGUCCUAGUUUUCUCCAGACAAUGAUAUUCAGGCAUAUAAAAGUGGUAAAGCACAAUGGUUUAUUUUGCAUUAAUGCUUAAGCACUAAUAUGGGAGGGAGGCUAUUUAUUAUGAAGCAACGAGUACAUAUAAAGUCACAUUUUCAGAUAAAGCCAAUGCUUUCUGAAACAGCAGCUUAAAGCAUUGUACCGGAGAUGGCUAAAACAUUUAGUAGGUUAAGCAUUAAAAUGUUGUGUCUGCAUUAUGUAGUUUGCUGGAAAAUUUGAGUUUGGGGUGUAACAGUUCUGUUUUAAUCCAUGAAUUACAAAAAAAGACACAAAAAUAGAUUUAAAUAAAAAUGCAAUACAUUUAUUUACAAUUCAAACUAUGUAAUUCAUAAAAACAUUUUUCUUGACAACCAAGAUUUACAACAUUCAGGUUUUCCUAUGUAACUGGUCAGGAAUAUGGAAUAAAGUUUCACAUUAUUUUCUC